AAUACAGGAACCGUUUCUACAAAGCUUUACGAGAGUGUGGCAAGCUGCGCCGGCGAGCUAGGAACCAAUCAAAGUAAAGCAAACAGUCUUACACAAUUUCCUCCCGUCUAACGCGGGUCAGCUCGGGCGCUGCGCUCGACGGGAGGCACUUCAGCGUCCAGGCCCAACCCCCGCCCCACCCCCCGUGACCACAUCAUCUUGAAAAGCUCGCUUGCAACCCGUGCGCCAGCGGGAGAUUGAAGAGCGGAAAGCGCAACAUGUGGACGCCGGCCCUUCAGCUGCUCAUCAUUGGCGUGACUACGCGGGUCGUAACGUGUGACCCGGCUUGUAAAAUCUACGGCCUGCGAGCCGCUUGUCACGGACAGAACCGCCGAUGGGUGCCCGCCCUGCCGCCAAACAUCACCGGCCUCUACUUGGAGAUGAACAGAAUCCCCGAGAUCAACAGCACGUCGCUCCGAAAUCUGGAGCAGCUGCUGGAGUUGGAUCUGGGCAAGCAGUACGUGACGCUGGUGAUUCGGAACGACGCCUUCCUCGGACAGAGGCGCUUGCUCCGCUUGGUCCUGGGCGACAACGCCGGCCUCCGACUGGAGCCGCGAGCGUUUACGGGGCUGGUGGCUUUGAGGUACCUCUUAAUGGACCACUGCGCUUUGACGGAGGCCGUACUGGCGCGCGACUACCUGGAGCCGCUCGUCUCCUUGGAAGGCCUUAAUCUCUUUGGGAACAGACUACGAAAACUCAAACCGGGCCUUUUCUUUGGAAACCUCUCCAAGUUGACGGAGAUCAACCUCAAGUUGAAUGGCAUCGAGCGACUGUGCGAGGAAGAUCUCGUGGCUUUCCGAGGCAAGUACUUCACAUACUUCAAUUUGGACUCCAAUCACCUGUACAAAAUGGCCGCCCCGGAUUUCGACUGGGAAAGAUGCGGAAACCCGUUCCGAGGACUGGCCUUCGAGAUCCUCGACUUAACGAGCAACGGCUUCAACGCCAGCGCGACGGAGCGAUUUCUCAAAGCCAUCCGGGGGACUCCCAUCGCUCAUCUCAUCUACUCCGGACACUUGGGCAAAGGUUUCUCGCACGACAACCUCCCGGAUCCCGACGGGCACACGUUCGAAGGCCUCGCCGACAGCGCGCUAAGAAUUUUUGACGCGUCGAGAAACCGAAUAUUCGCCUUGGCGCGAGACGUCUUCGGACCUCUGAGCGGAGCGAUCAUCAUCGACGUCUCGCGGAACAAAAUCAAUCAAAUCGACGAGCGGGCCUUCGGUGGCGCGCAGCUCAAUCUCAGAUUGCUCAACCUGUCGUUCAAUAUUCUGGGCGAAAUCUAUUCACGGACGUUUAGCAAUCUGACUGAGCUUCGGGUUUUGGAUUUGUCUUUCAAUAACAUCGGAGCGCUGGGAUACGGAGCGUUCCGAGGUCUUCCCAAAUUGCGAGCGUUAUAUAUGACGGGCAACUCCCUGCGCAGGCUGGGCUUUCCCGCGCCGCUGCCUAACCUGCAAUUUCUCCUGCUGGGUGACAAUCGCCUGACGGACGUCUACAACAUCGGCCGGCUGGCCGUGGACCCGCUUCAUGUGGACGUGACGAAUAACCGAUUGAGCAACCUGGAGGACGUUUACAUGAUUUUAGCGCGGUUCAAGCGGCUGCAAAAUUUCUUCUUUGGCGGUAAUUUCAUCAAGUGGUGCGCACUCGGCCGCGACGUCUCGAUUCCCGUCAACCACAGCGUGCAAGUGCUGGAUCUCCACGAUAGCUCUCUGGGGUUGAUUUGGGCCGAGGGGACGUGCCUGGAUGUGUUUAAUCAUCUGGAAAAUCUGCUGGCUCUCAAUUUGAGCUUCAACGCCCUCAAGAGUCUCCCGCGGGGCAUUUUCGACGCUCUCGGCUCCGUCGUGGAGAUCGACCUGUCAUCCAACGCCCUGACCCAUCUGCGGCCCGAUGUGUUUCCCGACAGUGUUCGGAACCUGCGCCUUUCCAACAACUUCUUGGCCAACCCGGAUCCGAGCGCCUUUGAUUCCCUCUUCUUCCUCAGCCUUGUGGGAAAUCGCUUUUACUGCGACUGUCAUCUGGAGAGCUUCCUGACGUGGAUGAACGCGACCAACGUGACCUUAACGGGCCCCGAGGAUUACCGAUGCGAGCUUCCGCUCGUUCGAUACGACCUUCCUCUCCUCAACUACUCCCGGAUCGUCGAACCGUGUCAGGUCGACGAUGAGCUGGCGGUCCGAGAGCUUCAAUUCGCGUUGUUCGUCUGCUCCGCCCUCCUCGUCGUCACCGUCACACUUUGCGGGAUCGCUUACGCUCGUCUCCGCGGACGCAUUUAUAUUCUUUACAAAAAAGUUGUCGGUCGAGUUCUGGAGGGUGCCGGAGCCCCGCCCCCUUUGCGGGAGGCGCGAUAUGACGUCUACCUGUGCUUCAGCAACACCGACUACGUGUGGGUGGAAGGGGCUUUACUGAAAAAACUGGACAACGAGUUCUCGGAGGAGAACAUCCUGCGCUGUUGUUUCGAAGCCAGAGACUUCCUGCCCGGUCAGGACCACCUCUCCAACAUUCGAGACGCCAUCUGGAGCAGCAGGAAGACGCUGUGCGUGGUCUCCAAGGAGUUUCUUCGAGAUGGUUGGUGCUUAGAGGCGUUCGCCUUGGCUCAGGGCCGCAUGCUGAACGAGCUCCGGAAUGUUCUGAUCAUGUUGGUGGUCGGCAAGGUGGCUCACUACCAGCUGAUGAAGUACAACGCAAUCCGAGCGUUCGUGCAGAGGAGAGAGUACCUUAGCUGGCCGGAGGAUCCUCAGGACCUGGAGUGGUUUUAUGAGCGUCUGGUCUCGAAGAUACUCAAAGACGGCGAGGCGAAGACGUUGGACAAGGGCGCGCCAAAGCCGGACGUUCCACCUGGAAAGGACAUUCGGCUUGAGAACAUCGAAGCGCAGCGGUGACCUGUUAACAAGAGCAUCGGAAUGGAAAAGCGCGACCAAUCAAUACUACAAUGAUUUAUUUUUUUCUCCAGAUAAAUCAAAGAUGCCGUUAUUGAGUUUGGUCAGGCCAUGUGAUCAUUUUGUAAAAUUCAGAAACCAUUUUUGGAGCCAACCGAUCCUCCAUUAAGCGUCUCCAGUUGGUCCCGAACACUGCCGCUCGCUUCUUGACUGGUACUCACUCGUAAGAGGCCCAUCUUUAAAAUUGCUCUUCAAACAUA